AUCACAAUAGCGAGAUGAGCACAGCGGCGCAGAAUCUAGUGCAUGAGCUCCACCAAAAAACCGAGAAAUGCAGCGUAGGGUGUCCCGUUCUUGAUCGCUACCUCGCCGGCGGCAUCCCCACAAAAUCAGUGACCGAACUCGUCGCCGAAAGCGGAAGCGGUAAAACCCAAAUCUGCCUUCAACUCGUCCUCACGGCUCAGCUUCCACCCUCCCACGGCGGCCUCUCCGCUUCAUCACUCUACAUAUUCACCGAAUACCCUUUCCCCAUCCGUCGCCUCAAACAACUCUCCCGCUCUUUCCUCUCAUCUAAUCCCGGAGUGGGAACUGACCCUCUCGACCGCGUUUUCCUCCGUGGAAUUUACUCUGCGGAGAAAUUCGUUGAUUUUUUACCUGACAUUGAGAUUUUACUCACUUACUGGAAAUCGAGGUUGCGUCCGGUUAGAGUUAUCGUAGUUGAUUCUAUUGCUGCUUUGUUUAGAUCUGAAUUUGAAAACUCUAUGUUGGAUCUUAAACGUAGAUCGUCCUUGUUUUUCAAGAUUUCUGGUGGGUUGAAAACGUUGGCGGAGAGGUUUGGGUUGGUUGUGGUUGUUACAAAUCAAGUAGUUGAUUUGAUUGAGGAGAAUGAAGGUCUGAGGAUUGGGAAUUUUAGUAACUUGUAUUCUUCGGGUAGAAGGGUUUGUCCUGCUUUGGGUUUGUCAUGGGCUAAUUGUGUGAAUUCUAGAAUGUUCUUGUCGAGGGAGGAAUUUGGGGAGGGUAGUAGGAAAUUGAGAACAUUUAGGGUUGUUUUUGCUCCUCAUUUACCUCAAUGUUGUUCUGAGUUUGUUAUUACAGGUGAAGGUGUUUUUGGUGUAGAGAUGGGUCAAAGGAAUGGUGUAUGAAUUAUUGUUGUUAUGUUGUUAUUGUUAUGUGCUAUUUGCUAAA